AUGGCGGUCUACACACUGUCACUGGUGGUGGUAGGCCUGUUGUCGGUUGUAUGUGUGGUCGACUUAUUUGGACCUAAGGUGGGGCCUUAUGACCUCGAGAUUGAAAAAUUCGCAGACUGUAAAGACCAAGGGUCCCGUAAAAUUAUUGUUGGGACCAAAAUAACAAAGGUUGGAAGGGGCAAGUAUCUGUAUAAUGAGAACUUCUCGUUUCUAGUUCCUGUUGAUGACGACUUCCAGGAACACAUUGAACUUCAGAAAUGGGGAAAUGGCGGCUGGAGACCAAAAUACAUGGAGGGGAAAUUAAAAAACUGCGAUGAAAUUUUUAAUGUACUCAAAGACGCGUACAAAAGCUUAAUGAGGUCUGCGGGUGUUAAUUUAGAAAAGUGUCCUAUGCCUAUGGGGCCUUAUAACAUCGAGAUUGAAAAAUUCGCAGACUGUAAGGACCAAGGGUCCCGUAAAAUUAUUGUUGGAACCAAAAUAACCAAGGUUGGAAGAGGCAAGUAUCUGUAUAAUGAGAACUUCUCGUUUCUGGUUCCUGUUGAUGACGACUUCAAGGAAAUCAUUGAAAUACAGAAAUGGGGAAAUGGCGGCUGGAUACAAAAAUACAUGGAGGUGAAAUUGAAAAACUGCGAUGAAAUAUUUAAUGUGCUCAAAGACAUGUACAAAAGCUUAAUGAGGUCUGCGGGUGUUAAUUUAGAGAAGUGUCCUAUGCCUAUGGGAAACUACACGGCUAAAGAUGUAAUCAUCGAGUUGAACGUUGAAAAAACCAUACCUGUCAUGGAGUAUGGAAAGUAUCGAGCACUUAUGAAUCUCAUAUAUAAAGACGAAAAAGUUGGAUGUGUGAUGAUCUAUGGUGAAGUGAUCCCCAAGUCUUUAGGAUAA